CAAGUUAGAAGUGAGGUUAGGAAUACUGUCACAAUGUGUAAACAAACUUAUAAUCUAUUUAAUUUAUAUUUUUUGAAAAACAAACUAAUGAAUUACUAACUAAACACUAAGAACUAACUUCAACAUGGGAGUUCACGGACUUUGGCGCCUUAUCGAACCCUCGGGAAAACCUGUACCUUUGGAAUCUUUAGAAAAUAAAGUCUUGGCUGUGGAUGUCUCUAUAUGGCUGCACCAAGCAGUAAAAGGUUUUCAGGACUCAAAAGGGGCCUCUGUCCCUAAUGCGCACCUUUUAGGAAUCUAUCAUCGGGUCUGCAAGCUUUUAUAUUUCAAAAUAAAACCCAUCUUUGUAUUUGACGGUGGAGUGCCCGUCUUAAAAAAAGAAACAAUUGCAAAAAGAACUCAAUCAAAGCUUCGCGCAAUAUCGGCGUCAGACCAGAUUCAAAAACAACUUCUAACAACACUAUUAAAGCAUAGUGCAGUAAGUAAGGUACUUACUGAACAAAUAGAAGCGUCCAUUGGUCCCAUACCUAAAGAUCGCCCCACUAAACACGAUGAUAUGUACAUUUUGCCUUCAGGUAGUGAUUUGCUUGACAGCACCAUUUCCAGCUCAGAAGAUGAGUCAUAUUCCGAGUACACCACCUCGGAUUCCAGUCCCACAAAAAAUUGGGAUUUACAUAGUAUUGAUAUGGAUAGUGUACAUUUUAAAUCUUUGCCAGUUGAUGUAAGACAUGAAAUACUUACCGAUCUAAAAGAGACUAGGAAACAGUCUUCUUGGGGUAGGUUACAUGAAUUACCAAAGGUGAGUGAUGAUUUUUCCACAUACCAAAUGAAAAGGCUCCUAAAAAGGCAGGCUGUUCAAUCUGCACUGGAAGAAGCGGAAAAGGAAAUGGGAGGAAAAUCACUUAGUCUAGCUGAGCUGGAAUCUUUACUGAACGACCAGGGGGUUUUGACUGGGGAUUUGGGAAAGAGGAUUGCUUCGGAUGAAAAAACUAAAUAUUUACUAGUGAAAGAUGUAAAAAAAGCUAUUGAAGAGGCUAGAAAAAAAGAGCUUAAAUCAGAAAAUAUUGAGGCUGAUGAGGUUACAAUAACCAAUGUAGAUCAGGAGUAUAAAGAAGACCUAAAUAAAGCAAUUGCCUUAUCACUCAAAAAUGUAGACAAGCCAAUUGAAAAAGAUAAAGAAAACGAAACUCGUAUCGAAGUGACAAAAUCUAAAGCAGAUCAGGAAUAUGAGGACGAGCUCAAUAAGGCAAUCGCUUUAUCGUUAGAAUGUGCGGCUUCAGAACCAAGUCAGUCCAGUGACGAUGAACCUACGCCACUUCCACAAAUUCCCAACACCAAAAUGUCUCUGGCCCAAAGUUACAUGAUGGAAUACAGUGGCCUCACACCCAACGAAAUCUCCAAGUUGAUUAAUAAAAAUGCCCCUCGAUCUGCUGAAGUGAAAGAGAAAUUAGCUAAUAUUUCGUCAAGUGACUCUGAAUUUGAAGAAGUUAAACAAAAUACUGUAGAAAUUAUGUCUUCAAGUGACUCAGAUGAGGCAUUGGAUAUUGUUAUUGAUCCCAAUGGGAGCUUUGAUCAGGAAGAUGAUCUGUUUGCUGAUGUUUUUGAGUCAACAGAACAGUUAAAUAAAAAUGCUGAUGAGGAGGAAAGAAGUCAAGUUGUUGACAUAAAAGAUAUAGUUAAAAAUAAGGAUGAUAUUGAAGAAAAACUUGUUGAUUCAAAAGAAAUUAAAGUAGGUGGUACUAGUGCGGUUAAGAGGGAAGACAUUUCGACUAAAGCAAUGGAUUCAGUUGAAUUAGAUGUAGAUAAUAAAGUAGAAGUCUCUAUGAAUGAAAGUUUAAAGAUUGAUGAGCUUACAGAGCCAAUUGAGGAAGAAAAUGAUAAAAAUGAAGUUCUUAAGGUGGAUGCUAAGAAAUCGCCAGAUCUAAAAGUAACUGUUCCAAAAGUACCCAAAGUGCCACAGAUAACAGAAAAAGAGUUACAGGAAAUGAAGGAGCAGCUGCAAAAGGAUAAAAUGGAGCUUUUAAACGAGAAAUCUUCCAAGGAUAGAAUGGCUGGAAAUAUUACCGAUCAAAUGUACCAAGAGACCCAGGAACUCUUGGAACUUUUUGGCGUUCCUUAUGUGAUUGCCCCUAUGGAAGCUGAAGCUCAAUGCGCCUUUUUCGAUGCAAUAGAAUUGACCGACGGCACUAUAACCGAAGACAGCGACAUCUGGCUGUUUGGUGGCAAAACCGUUUAUAAAAACUUCUUUAACCCCUCCAAAUACGUGAUGGAGUUUAAAGUUGAAAAUAUCCGGCACAAUUUCAAGUUGAGUAGGGAGCAAAUGAUUUUAUUAGCCCUUCUGGUGGGUAGCGAUUACACUAUUGGCCUAAAAGGCAUCGGUCCUGUAACGGCCAUGGAAAUACUUGCGGCGUUUCCACAUGGGAAAAACAUUACGUUGAGUCACGCGGAAUUGUUGUCUGGAUUAAAAGAGUUUCGCUCCUGGUUUACUAAAGGAAAAUCGCCAGGGCCGGGACGUUCCGGUUUAAAAACUAAAUUGAAAAAUAUCACUUUCAGCGAGAAUUUCCCCAAUAUGCAAGUGGUCUUGGCCUAUUUGGACCCGACAGUGGAAACUAGCAAGGAACCAUUCUCAUGGGGAAAGCCGAACUUUGGGGCCCUUAUACAAUAUGCCAGAGACAAGUUCGGCUGGACUAAACUUAAAUGUGAGGAGGUGUUGAAUCCUGUUGUGAAAAAAAUUGAAGACGGACAUCAGAAAACCAUUAAGGAUUAUUUUAAGACAAAGUUUGUGGUGCAUUCGGACGAAGCGGAAAAAAAGAUGAGCAAAAGGGUGAAAUCAGCUGUUACAAACAUGGGGCGAAAUCCGUCUGAAAUAGUAGCAGAGGAACUCGCGGAGGACCUGAAAAAGCUGCCUAAAAAAAGAACGAGAAGAAAGAAUAAAUCUGAGGGGGCAGAAAAUAAUGAGAAAGCCAUCAACCAAACUGAAGAAAAAGUUGACAUAAAAAACCGUAAAAGAAAAGUAAAAGAAGCCAAUAGUCCAAAAGAAUUAGUAGAAAAUGUUUCAAGCGUGUUAAAGAAGCCCGAAGAAGUGAGCGAAUUAGAAAAGAGUGCCACUGAAAAUUCAGUAGAUGUCUCAGAAAAAAUCAAUGCAAUAAGGCGUAGAAGAAAAGUGAAAGAAUUGAAGGCAGCUGUCGAUGUUAAAAAACCAAAAGUCGUAAAGGAAACUGUGAAACUGGUAGCAAAUAUUCCAAGUGAGUUACAAGGGGAUGAGGAAGUGAGUCGGUUGGUUCAGAUCGUGGAAGAAUCUGAGCUGAAGGAUGAAGAAAUCCAUAUGGCUAUGCAAGAAAAGCUUGAGAGGCUGCGAACCAAACCUGCAGAAAUCGAGGUUUCUAAGCCGAGCACUUCUUCCUACUUCGUACCGAGACAACCUGCGCAAGCCUCGAGCAGUCGUAGGCCGCCCUCGCGCCCUACGAGGGUCCCCAGAAAAGAAACUAUUCCCCAAAAGGAACGGGAUAAAACCACAUUGCUUCGAAAUAAAUUAAAAGCGAUCGAAGUUUUUAGGAAGGGUAAAAAGGGGCCCGGGUACGUGCCCAAGAAGGAGCGGAACAAGAGGAUGCCGAAAGACGAUGCUGGAUUAUCGGAGAGCAGUGGGGAGGAUUAAGAAGUCAAGGAUCCAGUUGUUGCAUGUUAUUUUUUAUUAUUAAGUAUUCUUUUGGUUAUUAUUAAAUUUGUUAUUUUUU